CUGGAUGUGAAGUUGUGCUGUGGCUGUGGACGGGGAGACGUUGAAUUCCAGAACCCAACAUUUGGGGGCUCGUCCGUUUAGCAUGGCUACUACCAGGAGUGCCAGAAGACAGCUAAUAAGUGAUUUGAAGGAGGAGGGAAAGCUAAUUGGGCUGACCGAUGACAGUUUGGCGGAGUGGGUGAAGGAAGAGUUGAGGAGGGUGGAAGAUGCGAAGGUCGAGGUUGUAGCAAAGGUAUGUAACCCUGUACCCCGCUUGAGGGAUGUGGCGGCGAUGACGGUGGACGAAGACCUGGGUGCGUAUGUGAGGCAUUUUGUGAGUCAGGCAAAGAGACAAGGCAUUGACCCCAAGGACUGGUCGCUCCUUCUGACGGACAAGAUGAGUGGACAACUGAAGACUUUCCUCGUUGAGACGGGACUGAACCUGCAUCAUGACUUCGAGUCAGUAAAGGUAAAGUUAUUCACGCACGCAGGUUUCAACGAGGAAAAGUAUAGGGUCAGAUUCCACCAGCUAGUACCAACACACGACGACAUGAGAAGCUUCGCAGUCAACACAGAAGCCGCUUUGAGAGCGUGGGUCCAGCAGUCGGGAAUAAAGGAAACGUUUGAGGACUUGGUGAACCUCCUGAUAGUUGAUCGGAUGAAAUCAGUUGUUACUGGUGAUCUGUUGGAGAGGCUGAAUGGUGCUGCUAAGGUAAGUGUGGAAGAUAAUCUUAAAGUUAUUGACAACUAUAAGAGCACUCAAAACGCUAGAGUAAACAAAACCCCUCCGUACGUCGCUGCUAGUUCGACAGCAGAGAGGAUACCCUGGCAAAACAAGACACCGCGAUCUCCAGGACGCCACACUUGUCCUUCCACGGAAGCAAUUGUGUGCUACUCAUGCGGGGGAGUUGACCAUAUAGCGGGAGUCUGUCAUACCUCUAGCGAAUCAGGUAAACGACAGGCACGACAAGCUGGUUUACAACCGAUGCAUGGUGUCAGCAAGGUCAGUCUGAGCAGUAAAUGCUACACAUGUGGACGUUAUGGACACUAUGCCAGGGAUUGUCAUAGCAAUAGUAAUAGCGGUUUUCCUUGGAGAAAUAGGUCAGAUAAAAGAGCGGUUGUGGAGUAUGGAAACAACAAAAGACCUUAUCGGUGCUACAAGUGCAAUGAACAAGGUCAUAUUGCCAAAGAGUGCAGUAGGGAUAUAGAUACAGGCGCCUGUUAUAGCUGUAGAAAGCCAGGCCACAUACAACGAAACUGUCCCAAUGGGACCAGUGGAGCGAGCAACUGGCGUACUGAAAAUGUACAUCGACGGUCAGAUGAUCUCAAGUGUUAUUGCUGCGGUGGUGUUGGUCACAUAUCACGGGUGUGUCCCACAGCUCAGCGUGAUAUGUUAGGAAAUUUUUCCCUGCUUAAAGACUCGCAUAUGAGAGUGAGGUAAAGCACGAAAUUUGGAGGCGUAUCCUUACAAAGGUAGUGUCCUUGGUAAGUUUUUUGUUAAGAUAAUUUAUUCAA